CACCUGCCGUUACAAACAUUGGAGCGUCAAUGUCAAGCUACCGGCCGCUGCUGUGUCCGAAGAGGAGUUUUAAAAGCACUUCUAUUACAGCAAGGAUCGCAUCAUGGCCAGGUAGCUACGGGGAGCGAUGGGGAUUUUCAGACAGCUCUACCUCUUGCUCUGGAAGAACAUCACAUACCGCAGAAGAAACAAGAUCCAGCUGAUCAUUGAGCUCCUCUGGCCGCUCUUCCUCUUCGUCAUCCUCAUCUCUGUUCGUCAUUCACAUCCUCCUUACAAACAGAGCCAAUGUCACUUUCCAAACAAAGCCUUGCCAUCAGCCGGCACCUUGCCUUGGAUUCAGGGCAUUAUCUGCAACAUCAACAACCCUUGCUUCCACAGCCCGACAGCAGGGGAGACACCAGGACAGGCCGGCAACUUUGACAACUCCAUACUGUCGCGUCUCUUUGUGGACGCCCAGACUGUUCUGUCCUACAGUGGAAACCGGAGCUUCUCUGGCUUUCAGGACCUGAUGGAAAGUGUCCAGAAUCUGGGAGAAAGAAUCGGAGCCUGGCCAAAUCUCCCAGUAAAACAAUGCCUGAGGGCCAACGAGACAUUUUCCAGCUUCCUCCUGACCAAUGGCAGCCUGUCGUCUCCGGCUGUGGACCAGCUGCUGAACGCUCGUCUUAAUUUACUGCCGACACUGACCGGAGCUCAGAUGCAGAUAAAGGACUUGGUGUGUAAUGCGAGCAUGCUGGGACAGAUGCUGAUAGUAGACGGAGGAGAAGGCGCCAUGACCGAUCUUCAGACUCAGCUGUGUGACCAACCGGCUGACGUCCUGCAGGAGGCUGAGCGCCUUUUUCUUUCUCAGCUCGACUUGACCAAGUUCGCCACAAGAGAGCGUCUGAUGGUCAACGCUGGAGACCUCAGGACCAUCAGUCAAGCCGUCACCUCGGUUUCCCAGGAGCUAGCAGUGCUCAUAGAUGAUUUCUCCUCCCUCUCCAGUUUUGCAGAGAUGAGUGCAGCUCUUCGUCUUCUGUCUCCAGAAAAUCGCACAGCGCUGCCCAGAGAAAGCUUCAGAGCUUUCACAAGGAUCAUGUGCGGUCACCCUGAGAUUGGAGGAGAACGCAUCCCAUCGCUCAACUGGUAUGAAGACAAUGACAUCAAGUCUUUCUUGGGCAAAAAUGGCACUGAGGAUUUGGACCUGGACCGCGACAACAACACGACUCCGUUCUGUAAAAGUUUGAUCCACGGUCUGGAGUCCAACCCUCUGUCGCGCAUUGUGUGGCGAGGAAUCAAACCCCUAUUUAUCGGAAAACUCCUCUACACUCCAGACAGUCCCGCAGUACGGCAAGUCAUGAAAGAGGUAAACAAGACUUUUGAGGACCUGCAGAUCAUCCAGGAGCUCAACGAAGCCUGGAUGGAGGUGGGACCAAGAAUCAAGAACUACAUGGAGACCAGUGUGGAGAUUCAGCUUCUGCAGGAUAUGUUGAGGCGUCCAGAGAUUGCAGUACUGGUCAACCUGCGUCUGGAAAACACGCCCUGGACGGCCUCACGGAUCGCACGUUUCCUGUCCACCCCCUCACCAGACACUCCGAGGCAGCCUGGAGCUCCGCCUAACUGGCUGGACGUGUACAACGACCUCAGCCACACUAUCACCACUCUUGCACAAGUCACUGAGUGUUUCUCCCUGAACAAGCUGGAGGGGCUGGAGACUGAGGGUCAGCUGAUUGACAGAGCCCUGGAGCUGCUGGAGGACAGGCAGUACUGGGCAGGCGUGGUUUUCCUGCUGCCCAACUCUUCCUCGUCUGACCUGCCGCCCCACGUCACCUACAAGAUCCGGAUGGACAUUGAUGACGUGACCCGAACCAAUAAGAUCAAAGACAGGUUCUGGGAUCCUGGUCCAGCUGCUGACCCGUUCAGUGACAUGCGCUACAUCUGGGGGGGCUUCGUCUACAUUCAGGACCUGGUGGAGAGAGCCGUGAGCCGCGUGCUGACGGGAGUCCAGCAGACGACCGGCAUCUACAUCCAGCAGAUGCCCUACCCCUGUUAUGUGGACGAUGUUUUUCUUCGAGUGCUCAACCGCUCCCUGCCACUCUUCAUGACGCUGGCCUGGAUCUACUCGGUGGCCAUGAUCAUCAAAGGCGUGGUGUACGAGAAGGAGGCGAGGCUGAAGGAAACCAUGAGGAUUAUGGGCCUGGGAACAGGAACACUGUGGUUCAGCUGGUUUAUCAGCAGCCUGGUUCCUUUCCUGAUCUCUGCAGCUCUUCUUAUUGCUCUGCUCAAGUGGGGUGACAUCUUGCCGUACAGCGACCCGGCUGUUGUCUUCUUCUUCCUCAUGGCCUUUGCCACUGCUACGAUCAUGCAGUGUUUCCUCAUCAGCACUUUCUUCUCCAAAGCCAACCUGGCUGCUGCCUGUGGGGGGCUCAUCUACUUUGGCCUCUACCUGCCCUACGUACUGUGUGUCGCCUGGAGAGACCGCCUCAACACCACGCACCGAGUCUUCGCUAGCUUCCUGUCUCCUGUGGCCUUUGGAUUUGGCUGUGAGUAUUUCUCUCAGUAUGAAGAGCAAGGCGUGGGCAUCCAGUGGUACAACCUGCGCUUCAGCCCUGUGGAAGGAGACACGUACAGCUUCACUACCUCCAUACUUAUGCUUUAUGUGGACGCCUUCAUCUACGCUAUUGCAGCCUGGUACAUCGAAGCAGUGUUUCCUGGUGAGUAUGGGAUCCCCAGGCCCUGGUACUUCAUCUUUCAAAUCAACUACUGGGGUGGAAUUCCUCUUGAAGCAGGCAUGCCGAUCCCACCUGCGCCUACAGAGCAGGGCGAAGAUCGCAUUGAAGCAGAACCCAGUAAUCUGAUCCUGGGUGUGAGCAUCAGAAACCUGGUGAAAAUCUACAAGAAGGGAGCAAAACUAGCUGUCAACCAUCUGAACCUCAAGUUCUACGAGGGCCAGAUCACCUCUUUUCUCGGCCACAACGGAGCCGGCAAAACCACGACGAUAUCCGUCCUGACUGGUUUGUUCCCGCCUACCUCUGGAACUGUUUACAUCAAGGGGAUGGACAUCCGUCAUGACAUGGACAUCAUCCGAAAGACGCUGGGAGUCUGUCCUCAGCACAACGUCCUGUUUGACAUACUAACAGUGGAGGAGCAUGUGUGGUUUUACGGCCGCAUGAAGGGUUUGUCUGAAGAACAGGUGAACGCUGAACUGGAAACUUUGCUGGAUGACGUUGGCCUCCUGCAUAAACGACACGACCAGACCAGAAACCUCUCCGGUGGCAUGCAGAGGAAGCUGUCUGUGGCGAUAGCGUUUGUUGGAGGCUCGAAGGUGGUUGUCCUGGAUGAACCUACUGCUGGUGUCGACCCGUACUCCCGCAGAGGGAUCUGGGACCUGCUGCUCAAAUACCGCAAAGACCGCACCAUCAUCCUGUCCACCCACUACAUGGAUGAGGCGGAGCUGCUAGGUGACCGGAUCGCCAUCAUCUCCCAGGGGAAGCUGUGCUGCUGCGGCUCACCGCUCUUCCUGAAAUCCCGCCUGGGAUCUGGCUACUACCUCACUGUGGUGAAGAGGGAGGGAAUGGACACCAGCACUCCCAGUAGUUCCAGUAUCUGCACCAGCACCAGCAUCAGCACGAACAAGCUGCCUCCGCUUGUCAAGGACAGCGAGUCGUCCCUGAGUGAAGACACUGGACUGGGGAGUGAGGAGAGCAGCUCAUACCUGGCAGCUUUGCUCGCCCUGGUGCAGCAUCACAUCCCCGGUGCGAGGCUGGUGGAGGAGUCUAGAUGCGAGGCAGUGAUCAACCUGCCGCAGACGGCCGCCAAGGACAGCAGCCUGGCCCUCUUCCUGUCUGACCUGGAUCAGAAGCUUGCUGAGCUGGGCAUCAGAAGCUACGGUCUGUCAGACAGCACGCUGGAGCAGAUCUUUCUGCGAGUGGCGGAGGAAACUGGCGUGGACAGUGAACCAGGGCAGCAGGCUGAAUCCCCCGACAGCCAGCAGCCAUCAGUGCAGGGAGCUCAGGGGGAGCCUCCUGAGGAACCAGAGACGGAACCUCAGGAGACCGACCUGCUGAGUGGAGAUGGUCGAGGUGGCGUCCCUCUGACCGGCUGGUGGCUGACGUGGCAGCAGCUGAGAGCACUUUUCGUCAAACGCUGGCUUUAUGCUCGGAGGAGCCGCAGGGGAUUCUUGGCUCAGAUUGUUCUGCCUGCUGUGUUCGUGCUGAUCGCUCUGCUCUUCAGCCUCAUUGUUCCUCCAUUUGGGAAGUACCCCGCCCUGCAGCUGCAGCCCUGGAUGUACGGAGAGCAGUACACCUUCUUCAGCAACGAUGCCCCGGGGAACCCAGCCAUUGAGAGUUUGCUGGAAGCUCUGCUGGACCAGCCAGGUUUUGGUACCAAGUGCAUGGAGAACGAGCAGGAGGAAAACAGCACAAAUCCUCAGUGCGGAAGUGAGCGCAGAGGUCCGCUCAUGAGGCCACAGGUCUCCUUCUCCACCUGGCAGAUGUUCAGCAAAGGCAACUGGAGCAGAAACAGACCCUCACCUGACUGUCAGUGCAGCACAGAAAACAUCCGCCGAAUGCUCCCCGAGUGCCCAGAGGGUGCAGGUGGGAUGCCGCCUCCACAGAUUAAGAGGCUGACUGGAGACAUCCUCCAAAAUUUGACAAGUUAUAACAUUUCUGAUUACCUGGUGAAGACUUAUUCUCAAAUCCUCAAGAAAAGCCUGAAAACCAAGAAGUGGGUGAAUGAAUUCAGAUACGGAGGCUUCUCCCUCGGAGGCAGCGCCACCCAGACUGUAUCUCAGGUCCAGCAUCUCCAAGAAUCGGUCAUGGGAGUCAGGACUCGUUACCGAGUCCCGCAGAACAGUUCACUGGAUCAUCUCCUAAACAGACUGCCAGGAUUCAUAGGAGGGCUGAACAGUCAAAACAAUGUCAAGGUGUGGUACAACAACAAAGGCUGGCACGCGAUGGUGUCAUUUGUUAACGUGAUGAACAACGGCCUGCUCAGAGCGAGCCUGCCGCCUGGUCCAGAGAGGAGGAAAUACGGCAUCACUGCCUAUAACCAUCCCCUCAACCUGACCAAGGAGCAGCUCACUGAAAUGGCCAUGAUGACCACGUCAGUGGAUGUUCUGGUUUCAAUCUGUGUGAUCUUUGCCAUGUCCUUUGUGCCGGCCAGUUUUGUACUUUUUCUAAUUGAAGAGCGAGUCAGCAAAGCCAAACACCUGCAGUUUGUCAGCGGAGUCAAACCGAUCCUCUACUGGCUGGCCAACUUUGUCUGGGACAUGUUGAACUACACCGUCCCGGCCACCAUGGUGGUGCUGAUCUUCAUCAGUUUCCAGCAGCAGUCGUAUGUCUCUGAGACCAACCUGCCUGCUCUUGUCCUGCUCCUCCUGCUCUACGGGUGGUCCAUAACUCCUCUAAUGUACCCAGCAUCUUUUGUGUUCACCGUCCCGAGCACAGCUUACGUUGUGUUGACCUCCAUCAACCUCUUCAUUGGAAUUAACGGCAGCAUCGCCACCUUCGUCUUGGAGCUGUUUGUAGAUGAGCAUCUGAAUGAGGUGAACAGAAUCCUGAAGAAGGUGUUUUUAAUAUUCCCUCAUUUCUGCCUGGGGCGAGGACUUAUUGACAUGGCCAAAAACCAAGCCAUGGCCGAUGCCUUCCAGAGACUGGGCACCAAACAGACUCUGGACCCUCUUGAGUGGGACUUUGUGGGGAAGAACUUGUUUGCGAUGGCAGCUCAAGGUGUCAUCUUCUUCAUCUUCACCAUCCUCCUGCAGUACAAGUUCUUCAUUCGCUUCAGGCCGUGGUGGGUCGAGCCUGAGAUGGCUCCUCUCGGUCCAGAGGAUGAGGACGUCGCCAAAGAGAGAGAGAGGGUCAAAAGUGGUAAAGCCCAAUCAGACAUCCUCACUAUGAUGGACCUGAGCAAGGUCUACAAAGCAGGCAGAAAACCAGCGGUGGACCGUCUUUGCCUCGGGAUUCCCCGCAGCGAGUGUUUCGGCCUGCUCGGGGUGAACGGAGCGGGGAAGACCUCUACAUUUCGCAUGCUGACUGGGGACACACCCAUCACACAUGGAGAGGCUUUCCUCAACCACUACAGUGUGCUGACAGAGAUGGAGCGAGUCCACCAGCUGAUGGGUUACUGUCCACAGUUUGACGCCAUCAGUGACCUGCUGACAGGACGAGAACAUCUGGAGCUGUACGCCCGCCUGCGGGGGGUGCCAGAGGAGUCUGUCACCAAGGUGGCGCAGUGGGGAGUGAAGAAGUUGGGGCUGACUCAGUAUGCAGAGCAGGAGGCUGGAGGCUACAGCGGAGGCAACAAGAGGAAACUCUCCACGGCCAUCUCCCUCAUUGGGGCUCCACCUGUUAUAUUCCUGGAUGAACCCACCACUGGUAUGGACCCAAAAGCCAAAAGGUUUUUGUGGAACUGCAUCCUCAGUGUCACCAAAGAGGGCAGAGCAGUCGUACUCACCUCACACAGUAUGGAGGAGUGUGAGGCUCUCUGCACCAGGAUGGCCAUCAUGGUCAACGGCAGGUUUCAGUGUCUCGGAUCUGUACAACAUCUGAAAAACAGGUUUGGUGAUGGAUACACCAUCAUCCUGCGGUUGGCGGACACUAAAGUGGACCCCGACCUGUGUCCCGUCGAUGCCUACGUGAUGAAGUCUUUUCCCAGCAUCCAGCUGAAGGAGCGGCACCAGAACGUGCUGCAGUACCAGCUGCCCUCACACACCUGCUGCCUGGCUCGCGUCUUCGAUGUACUGGCCAACAACUACGAGGAGCUAGGCAUCAUCGACUUCUCAAUUUCACAGACGACACUGGAUCAGGUGUUUGUCAGCUUUGCAAAGGAGCAGACCGACGACGACCUUCUCACAGAUGUGGUCGUCAGCAACGGAACAGCACAACCGAGCCAGCCCGGCCGAAUGAACCCACCCACCGCCCCGCCGCAGCCGCCGGUCACGCCUCCUCAGCCGAGCAGGUCUCCACAGCUGCCUCGGAAGUCGCCCGACGCCACCCCAAAAGCAGGUAAACCAAAAAAGGCAAAGGCUACCAAGGCCAAAUCUAACGGAGAAAAAAGCAACAGCAUGGCGAUGGUGAGGUUACCACAGCCGGAGGAGAAGGCCCAGAGGACGCCUCGGACGAGUCGCAGAGGCAGCAGCGAAUCAGACAGCAGCAACAGCAGCAGCGUUCAGGAAGGAUCCAGUAAAUCUCACGGGUCUAAACACAGAGCAAAGAGCUCCAGCAAAGAUCCCUCCUCUCUCUUCAUCGUCGGCACCACCUCACAGGACAGUGAAAUGUGAAGUGAUGCCACACGAGUGGACCAAAGACUGAUAAAAGCUUGUUAUUAAAUCCUCAUGUUCAUCUGAACAGUGUUCACAGCAACAUGAGCUCCUCAGAGUCUGUCAGUAAGAAGCCAACAGUGGACUGUUAGAGAAAAUGAGUCUGAAGGGGUGAAUUUAACCUCUGAAGAAAGAACCACAAGUCCUUCAUUACAGUGGCUUUGGUGUCUUAUUCACACAUCUGUAGCUUUAUACCCUUCACUGAUCAAUCUGACACUGUGUCUUCUCUUUUUCUGCAUCAGCCUCAUCUCUCCAAAGCAACCGUUGAUUUGUCCUCCUCGAAUAUUAUGCAGGACUCGGUGUUCCUCAGGACUCGAAUCAUCCGACCUCUUACAGUCUCAUCUUUGUUUUGCAAAAAGCACUUUAAAAACGAAAAUGCUGCAAAUGUGUUUCAUGUAAUUAUUAAGAUGAUUUUAUAGCUCAGAAAGCUUUGAGGGGUUGUUUCAGAACAAUAUACAGCGAGGAGAGAAUUCUCACUGCAUCGUUGCAUUCUCCUUAAUUACAUCAUGAUGAACUUUAGAAGUAUUAUUGUUUUGUAAAUCCCACAAUUAUUUUGUCUUUUAUCUGUAAAAAUGCUGGAGUGUGUCGUUUGUUUGUUUCCGUCUUAUCGCUGGUUGUCAGUGUCACUCUCCACUGGAGGCUGUUGUGUCUGAGGGGAGAAGAGUCAUUUAGUUGUUUAGUAUGAAACUCGGGCUUUAAUUUUCACCCUUCAGUGUGACAAAUAUUUACAGACCCUGAACCCUCGGACGACUUCACUGAAGUGUGGAAAUAUAAAGCUACUCAAAAACCUGCAGACACACAGACCUGGUUUUAGUAUGUGUUCAAAUACAGCAUGCCAAACACUCCAAAUUCAGUCACAGAAGUAAGAUUGAACAAUCAGCGGCACAACAGCAUUGCCUUUGGUCAACAGUUGUUUUUAUAAUAAGCUCUAUUUAUUUGUUUCUGUAAAACAAAAGACACGACUGACUGCUGAAUGUCCAAAGCAGGUUGUUACUGCACUGUAAUGCACUGUUACGUAUUUACAAGGUUGUUACUGUCGUAGCUGUAGGCAUGAAGACAAUUAUCAGAAGGGUUUCAUUCCAAAAUGCAAACUGUUUUAAAAAAAUGUCACAUGUGGGGCGAUGCGAUGCCUGAUUGCAGCACAUAUCAUGAAAUGCUCUCAGCAGCUGACUCCUCUCUUUUAAAACAUUUUAUUUCUCCCCCAUCACAAAAUAAUAAAAGAUUAAAUGUAUUAAAAUGUGCUGAAAUAAUGCUCAAUCUAGACUUUAAGCUGGAUCUACUGAGGCUGGAUGUGUCAUUUUGGAAUGAAAGUCUGUACCAGUGAAUGUACAGUUCUACUUGAACAUUUAUUUAUCUAUGCAUCCGUCUGUGAGAUGUACGUUACGUCCUGAAAAUACGCUAAUAUAGGAAAAAAAAAUGUCUGUUAUGAAUGUUUUGUCCUGGGAAGAAAAUAAAUAUAUUUGAUUUCCUGUACCAUUUUUAA